UUGAGAGGCAGACUGAAGUCUUUGUCCAAGCAAUGGUGUUUGUGCUUAAUAAUAAUGACAUUGCUAAAGUAUUUGCAGUUUGAUGAGUAAUAAAUAACGUUUGAUUUUUUUUUUUUUCAGACCCAGUAAAUGAAUUAGAAUCAGUAAGUAAAAAAAUCCAUGAAGAAAUAGGAUAUACAAAAGGACAACAGUCUUUUCAGUGUUUUGUUCAUAUCAGUUGUUUUCUUUUUUCGACAGUGCCUACAUCGCUGCUACAUCUCAAAAGUUGACAAGGACCUUCGACUAGAGCAGUCCGCCAAUUACAGUGAAAAGAGACGUCACAAUGCCUGACACUUACCUUCUCCCUCCUGCCCCGCCUCUUGCCAUCCUAAACUGCUCCUCCCCCAACUGUACCCUCGCCAACUUUUCGGCAUUUCAUGGUGACGAGUGCCAUGCCGACCAGCCCUUAUUUGUGACCCUUGCUGUGGCCUACAUUGCUGUAGCCUUGCUGGGAGUGACUGGUAAUUUGGCAUUGAUUGUUUUGAUCUGGAGCCAACGUGAACUCUCCAAUGCCACUAGCGUGCUUAUUGCCAACCUGUCAGCCUCGGACUUGCUGAUGGCACUAAUCUCCCUGCCUUUCACAUUUAUCUACACGUUCAUGGACCACUGGAUAUUUGGUAGUGCCAUGUGCAAGAUCAACAGCCUAGUGCAGUGCACCUCUGUCUCUGUCUCCAUCUUCUCCCUUGUGCUGAUUGCCAUUGAGCGCCACCAGCUGAUCGUGCGACCACGUGGCUGGAGACCCAGUGCAUUCCAUGCCUGCCUGGGUGUUGGCCUCAGCUGGGCUCUGGCCCUGCUCACUGCCAUGCCUUUUCUACUCUUCUCCAUUACCACUGAUGCACCCCUGCAGCAGCUGCCCGCCAUUAUGCGUGAGCACUACCAAGGCAAGGUGGUGUGUAUGGAGCAGUGGCCUUCAAGCCAAUUCAGGCUUGCCUACACCACCACCAUGUUGCUGCUGCAGUAUGUCGCACCCCUCACUUUCAUCUUCAUUUGCUACCUGAAGAUCUACGUCCGUCUGAGGCAGCGGAAGAGUGUGAUGGAGCGAAUGCGUGAGAACAAGUACCGCAGCCACGAGACAAAGCGUAUCAACGUCAUGCUGUUCUCCAUCGUGGUGGCCUUCGCUAUCUGCUGGCUGCCGCUCAACGUCUUCAACGCUGUCGUCGACUGGAACCACGAAGCGACCAUGAACUGUACCCACAACCCCCUGUUCCUGCUGUGCCAUCUGACUGCCAUGUGCUCCAUCUGCAUCAACCCCAUCUUCUACGGCUUCCUGAACCGCAACUUCCAGCGUGACCUGCAUUCCUUCCGGCUCUGUAAGAGGCUUUCGACAAGAGAGGAAGAAUACGACACCGUCGCCAUGUCCACCAUCCACAGCGACCUGUCCAAGGCGUCUCUGAAACUCAGCAGCACAGAUAUCUAAAAGAAGCUCUCGAGGUGCAGCUCUUUGGGCACUACGUCAUUUGGGUGCCACCAGAAAGGUGCAAGAAGCUACACGGUGUACGUGGUCGUGUCUGACGAUGAUCACAUCCUACGCAAGAUUUGCAAAACGCAGUGCUUGCUGAAAUACCGUAUAAGAUAUACAAAGGUUCACUGGGACAGCGUCGGACCUUAAGUAAGUAGUUUAAGCCUUCCAGUGCUUUCCAUCUCGGAAAACAAAUGGAAAACUUCAAGAUAAAGGACUCUCCUAGGAGACUGACUUCAUAGUGUUGGAUCUCAUACAAAAACAAUGUUGGUUUGAAUGUCAGUCCGCUAGAGAGGCUCCAAAUAUAGGAGUGGAUUGAAAUGUAGGAAAUCAUGAUUACUGGAUUUUACUGAACAAGAUCUGGUUGAGUUGCAAGACUACUGAGUUAAAAUAGGAAUAGCUUUAUUGCAGACUAGUCCUUACUUUACAUGGAAUUUUAUAUUUCAGUUCCGUAAUUUUUAAUAUCAAUAUUGGUUUUACUGUAGCCAAAUCUUCAGAACAGAGUUACCACAGAGCAGUACUUGUUAUACACUCGUGAAUGUUACUGGUUUAUAUUUGUUCAUUCUUAUUUAGAAUAAAAUUUAGAAUAAAAAAAAAGUUAGAUUUAGAAAGACAGAUGAUUGUAAGACAAAAAAAAACAACAACUUUGUGUUUGUCUAUUGUGACCAGCUAUGAAUGUAAAUGACAUGAGUUUGGUAUUGUAAUUGCUUAGGAGUGUUCAUUCUUGACAGUAAUGUUAUUUAGAGCAUUGUGGUCUGAGUAAUUUAAUAUUCUAGAGUUAUUCAUUGGUAUAAUCAUGAUACUUAUGGUAUAGAGAUGUUUAAUGUACACUCACUAGUGACUAAUACUAGGAGGACUCAGUUCUUCAUGGCAUGGAAUCUAUAACCUGUUGGAAAGUUC